CCGCCUGGAAUCUGGAGGAUCUUUGUCAAUCCUCCUCAAGACAACGAAAGGAACAUCACGAUUAGCCUCACCUGUUGUUCUUGACAUUUUGGAGGGGAGAGUUUUGGACCAAGGCAAGGGGGUAAAGGGGGGUACAACCCUAUAUUCUGUCAUCUGUCUCGAUCGUUGGCUGAGCUAACAAUUUUGCCCUGUUGGACUAGCUUCAGGAGCGACUGAGACACGAAGAGGACAGCUGAAACGGGGAACACCCUGAAACUGCUUAUCAGGAAACUCUGCUGGCUGUGACAUCCAGAAGAAAAACCUUCAGAUUUUAGUGUUGUAUCUCAUCUGUAGUAUUUUCCUUGUGCAAGUAAGAAAUUCCCUAAAUUGCCACCAUGGCACUAAUGAAGGUCAAGUUUGACCUAAAAAAACGUGUAAAGCUAGCCCAGUUCCUAUGGCUGAUGUACUGGUUCUCUGUGAUGGCAGGCGUGCUGGUCUUCAGUAUGGGACUGUUCUUUAAGAUUGAGCUGCGUAAGCGCUCAGAGAUGAUGGACAACAAUGAGAGCCACUUUGUCCCUAACUUACUAAUCGGCGUGGGGCUGCUGGCUUGUGGGAUCAAUGCCAUGGGAGGCAAGAUCUGCUAUGACUCCCUGGACCCCUCUAAGUUCUCCAGGUGGAAGCCCAUGCUUAAACCCUUCUUGGUCUCCUGUGUGGGUUUCAACUGCCUCCUGGUGCUGACAGCUCUGCUUUGCUUCCUGAUGAGAAUCCCUCUACAGUUCACACUGUCUGAGGGCCUGAAGAACGCCCUGAAGUUCUACAAGGACACAGACACUCCAGGACACUGCUACAUGAAGAGAACCCUAGACCAGAUGCAGAUGGAGUUCCGUUGCUGCGGUAACAACAACUUUAGAGACUGGUUUGAGAUCCAGUGGGUCAGCAACCGCUACCUGGACUUCAGCGCCAAGGAAGUAAAAGAUCGUAUUGGUAGCAACGUGGAUGGGAAGUACCUGAUGGAUGCAGUUCCAUUCAGCUGCUGUAACCCCAGUUCCCCACGGCCCUGCAUCCAGUACCAGGUGACCAACAACACGGCCCACUACUCCUACGACCACUACACGGAGGACCUGAACAUCUGGAAACGGGGCUGUCGCGACGCACUUAUUUCCUACUAUGGAGGCAUGAUGAACACUAUAGGAGCCCUGGUUCUGCUGGUCACUGUUUUGGAGGUUGUCGUGAUGAUCGGCCUCCAGUAUGUAAACACCUCCCUGUCCAAUCUUGCCAACCCAGAGGACCCAGAGAGUGAAAGCGAAGGCUGGAUCCUGGAGAAGACAGUAAAGGAGACAUUUACUGACAUUAUGGCCAAGAUGAAAGCAAUGAGCAAGGGCAAUGCAGUGGAGGAGGGGGCAGUGGAAGGAGUCGCCACGGAGAGCUGAACAAGAGGCGAUGCACAAAACUGGGACCACUCUCACUUGAGAGAAGAGAAGGAGAAUGACCACCUACUUUGCACUUAUUACACAAAAUACACAAGUACGUAUAUGAACACACAACAAAUCACUAUUCUGGCCAUUUGAAGGGAGAACUAAAAUGGACACAGAUAGACUCUUGAGUUUGUCAUCACAUCAAAUAUUUUGAGAGUUUGAAUCCUGAAUGGGUUAUAUACUGUAUUCUAACCAAUUGAUAAAUACAUUUUCCGAUAUGCCCUCCCCCACCACAAUACUCCCACAAACAAUUCAUACCUUUUCUAACAAUCAUAGUUUCCCCCUAAAAAACACACUUCCUCCAGCCCCAGCUUUGCCACCCUGAUACCAUUUGACAGGAUGUUCUCUGUGUUUUCUUACUUUAUGUAUGAAUCUGUUGCAUUUCAUGUUCAUUUUACAACUGUAUGUUUACCCCAUUUUUAAUAAAACCAGGGGAAAACAACAAAUCAAUAUCCGCUUUCAUCAAAGUGCAUAAUAUCAGAUGUUUUGAAUAUAUUUCACAUAUAACAUUUUAAUAUAUUAAGACUAAGGUCAGGAAAGUAGGUGUGUUAUGUUUUAAGGAUGGUGUGGGGCUGGUGGUUGCUAUGCAACCCCCCCUCCCAGAGAGGACGUUGAAGUUGAAAUGCUGAAGGUUAAUUCAUAGCCCAACAAGCAGUUUGAUAAAUGUUUAAAUUGAAUCACCUUUUGUUUAUAGAUAUUUCAUAGCAAAAUGCAAAUAAAAGUACUAAAACACAA